AUGAAUGCCCAAGAGCUCUCGCAAUAUCAGGCGGAUGCCCCGCCCUCGGUCGUCCGCCUCGAGAUAGAGAAGCACUUCUCCGCACUCUCUGAUAAGCAGAAGCGCUACUCUCACUUCAUCAGCAAGGCCUCGUUCGCUGGCACCCGCAUCGUCCUGCGCCAGGUCUCGCCCGAGUCCGAGCACAUCUAUGAUUUCAUUCUUGCCCUUCACAAGGCUGCUGGCGGCGACUGGAAGGCGCUUGCGCAGAAGGCUGGCGUCGACGAGCAGGGGCUCACGGCCUUCCUACAGUACGCUGCCCAGUUCCUAGGCAACGCUGGUAACUACAAGAGCUUCGGAGAUUCCAAGUUUCUGCCGCGAUGCGAUGAAUCUGUCUUUGCGUCUCUUGCCUCAGCGUCGCCCGAGGCCGAGAAGCAUUACAAGGCCACCAAGGGUGCCAUCUUCUCGGCGGAUAAGCCGGGCCUCCUGCACCUCGGCUUCACGGACGACGGCCACCUGACUACCUACUACCCCGACUCUCCCGACAUCACCAAGGAUGAUAUCCGGGCCGUUUCUAAGUGGAUGGAGAACAAGGGUCUCCUCCCAGAGAACACCAGGCUGCGGAAAACUAAAGAUGACGUCUUUGAGCUGCUGAUCGCUUCGGCGACCACCACCAUUCCCAACAAGGGCGGCGACAUUGGGAAGGACACUGAGUACGUCAUCAGUGAAGGGCCGCUCGAGGGCAAGACCGUGAAGCUGGUCUACGGGGACUACACGAACGAGAUGGAAGCGAUUGCCGGCUAUAUCAGGAAGGCCGCUGACAAUGCCGGGAAUGAGACGCAGCAGAAGAUGCAUCUUGCCUACGGUGAGUCCUUCGAGAGUGGGUCUCUACUGGCCUUCAAGGAGAGUCAGCGACACUGGAUUCGAGACCAGGGCCCCAUGGUGGAAUGCAACAUUGGCUUCAUCGAGACCUACCGCGACCCUGCAGGCGUCCGCGGAGAAUGGGAGGGUUUCGCCGCGGUUGUCAAUCUCGAGCGAACGCGGGCAUUUGGUGAGCUUGUGCGCUCCGCGCCGGACCUGAUUCCACUGCUGCCGUGGUCUAAGGACUUCGAAAAGGACAAGUUCCUGUCGCCUGAUUUCACAUCUCUGGAGGUGUUGUCAUUUGCCGGCUCCGGAAUCCCUGCUGGCAUCAACAUUCCAAAUUACGAUGAUAUCAGGCAGCAGGAAGGCUUCAAGAACGUCAGCCUGGGCAAUGUCUUGAGCGCCAAGGCCCCAGAUGAGAAGAUCCCGUUCAUCUCUGAAGCCGACCUGCCGGUGUACCAGAAAUUCCGCGACGCAGCCUUCGAGGUGCAGGUUGGGCUCCAUGAGCUGACAGGUCAUGGCUGCGGGAAGCUCCUCCAGGAGACGGCUCCUGGCGUUUUUAACUUCGAUAUCAUGAAUCCCCCGGUCAGCCCCCUCACUGGGAAACCCAUUACCACUUGGUACAAGCCUGGCCAAACGUGGGGUUCCGUAUUCGGCGGUAUCGCCGGCGCAUACGAGGAAUGCCGAGCCGAGCUCGUCGCCAUGCACCUAAGCUGUGAAUUUUCUGCUCUGAAGAUCUUCGGUUUCGGCGAUGGUACUGUCGACAUGGACGGCGAGGCGGGCGAUGUCCUAUACGCGUCAUACCUCAGCAUGGCCAGGGCAGGCCUGUGCUCGGUCGAGUUCUGGGAUCCGAAGAGCCAGAAAUGGGGACAGCCCCAUUGCCAGGCCCGCUUUGCAAUUCUCAAGUCAUUCCUCGAAGCUGGGGACGAUUUCUGCAAGCUAGAGUACAAGAACGAGGACCUUUCUGACCUUGAAAUUCGAUUGGACCGCUCCAAGAUUCUCACCAGCGGCAGAAAAGCCGUUGCGGAGUUUUUGCAGAAGAUCCACAUCUACAAGUCGACGGGCGAUGUCGAGGCCGGCACCAAGUUCUUCACUGACAUGUCGAGCGUCGGGCUCGAGUACUGGGGGACAAAGGUGAGGGACGUUGUGCUCAAGAACAAGCAGCCCAGAAAGGUGUUCGUACAGGCCAACACCUUCCUGGACGAGGCUACCGGCCAGGUCACGCUCAAGCAAUACGAGCCUUCUCUCGAGGGCAUGAUUCAGAGCUGGGCUGAGAGGGGGGUUUGA